AUGGUGCUAUUCAGCAAGAACGAGUAUUCAGCGCUACCUCUUCGCAAUCGACAAGAAGGCCCAUUUGAGCAGUGGAAACCGCACAAGACGAGGAAUUUGGUCAGUCUGUUUGUGUCUGUGUGCGCUGCGGUUGUGCUCUUUGGCUGGUUUGGUUUUGCGUUGAGAGGGGACUUACUACCCCUCAACCGUCUAAUCGCAUCUCCAACUUCCUCUGUCACCCACAUGCACCUCCCUCUUCGUCCCCUGUCUUCUCCAUCCCCUCGUCUGCAGCGUUUCCAGCAAUGCUCCAUCCAGAAUCUCCUCGAGACCGACCUCUACUUCCUCCAAGGGGUUGCUCCGCCCUCCGUGGCGCAUUAUGAAGCGCGCCGCAAUCGCUUGGCCAAUGCCCUCGUCGCGGAUGGCGUCGAUGCGUUUGUCGUCGAGCCCGGGUACACGUUCAAGUAUUAUGCGAAUGUCAGUCAGCCGGAAUGGGAGGUGUGGGAGCCGGAAGAGCGACCAUUCCUCAUGAUCGUCCAGCCGCAUCUCGACCUCGCGACCGGCCUCAUCACAGCAAAUACCAGCUUCCUCUGCCCGUCCUUCGAGGCCGAGAGAGCCCGUCUGCUGGAGAUGCCCUUUUCGGAGCCCAUUCAGAUCAUUCCGUGGCAAGAGCACUGGGAUCCCUACGCGACGUUGAUGGAGUCGGGCAUUUUUACGGCUGCGGCGUCGGAAAACAGACCUCCGCGAUUGAUGGUCGACGAGGAGAUGCGCGACUUUAUCCAGCGUGGUCUUGGGGAGGAAGGGUUCGACGUCGUCGGUUUGCAGGGCCGUGUCGAGGCCGUCCGGCAGAUCAAGUCCGACGAGGAGAUUGCGAUUCUUCGUGCGGUGAACACGGGCACGGUUGAGGCUGUGCGGCAGAUGAGGAAAUGUGAAGAUUUUCUCCCUCUCUUUUUCGUCCAAGGUGUUCUUUUGUCUGAUGUGUCCGUAUAUACAGGUCUCUAUCACGGCCUGACGGAAAGCGAGAUCGCAGAGGUUCUGGAUAAUACCCUUCGCGCCGUGGGGAUGGAGCCAUUUUUCGACAUUGUCUUGUUCGAUGAAAACGCAGCAAACCCACACGGCGGAACGAACGGGUCCAAGGUCCUCGAUGCAGAGACUUUCGUCUUGAUUGAUGUUGGUGCACAUCUCCAUGGCUACUCGUCCGACAUCUGCCGCACUUUCUUCCCCCCUUUCUUGGAAAAGCCCGUCGAUCGGAAGAAUCUGUCGUCUGGACUGAAGAAAAAACUCGACGUAUGGGAUAUCGUUUUUGAGGCCCAAACACAAUCACUGCAUCAGCUACGGGCCAAUGCGACGGCUGCCAGCGUGGACAUCGCCGCUCGAGACGUCAUCACCCAAGCCGGGUACGGAGACGCCUUCACUCACCGUGUAGGCCAUGGGAUUGGAAUCAAGGCCCAUGAAAGCCCCUACAUGAACAAAGGCAACGUCCGGUCCAUCCUCGAGCCCGGCAUGGCAUUCACAUCCGAGCCGGGAAUCUAUCUCGUUGGCGAAUUCGGUGUGCGACAUGAGGAUGUCCUCCUUGUGCAGGAGGAUGCGGAUCCUAUUCUGCUGACGCAACGGGCGCAAGGACCGUGGGAUCCGUAG